CGCAGUUCAGCUCCGUGAAGAAAGUUCAACUCCCAACUCUCCGACGUCAUGUCUCACGCGGCCAGGUUUCGGUGCGGCAACCUGACACGCCACGGCGUCCUGUUCGAUGAAUUCCGCCUGAGAAUCGACGUCUUGCUCUACCCAUGCCCAAUAGAGUGAUGUUGCCAGCAAGAUGAGCAAUAGCCCCAAUUCCAACUACCCUUUUGAGGUCGGGAUCCGUUCCACCCAGGGAAACCCCAUCGCCAUCAAUUUAACAAACUUUGUUGAUAUUCACGUUAUCAAUCCCCUGUGUGAUAUUUUACGGAGAUGGGAAGACAGUGAGCUUGAAGCCCCCAAUUUCAGCUGGAGUAUGAGUUCGACAUCCAACGCGCAUUUAGGGCUGGUCGUGAAGUUAUCGCCUGCGCGGAGUCCGGCAUCUACAUCGGUAACAACGGGGAAGGAGGGAGAGCAACAGUGUGGAAAGUGGUGGUGGCGUCGUGGCGAGCAGCGUGGGGAGUGCGUUGGGGAUUGUGGUACUGGGUUCAGCCACAACUGUCAGGGAUUCCCAUCUGAUGCGGUGAGGUAGAGGGGUUGAGUCGGCAACUGGUUGGAUUGAGUCUGGGUUGAUUGGGUUUGAUCAUUAUUUUUUUAUUAAUAUUUUAAAUGACGUGGCACGCUGACUAGGUAUGGGUAACGAUUUUUUUGGAUGGAAAUGGACGGAAUGACAUUUUCGUUAUUCGUCCAAACAUUUGUUACUGAAACGUGAAAAAUUAAAGAUUUGUGACCGUUUUGUAUUAAGUGCAUAGAUUUGUGACCUUUUGUGCUAAUUACCCGUUGAAUGAUUGGAUAGCACCUUACCACAAGAAUAAAGGUGAAUUCAAAAU